AUGGCCGGGCUGCCCUGCAGGAUUAUCAAGGAAACCCAGCGUUUGCUGGCAGAACCAGUUCCUGGCAUUAAAGCAGAACCAGAUGAGAGCAACGUCCGUUAUUUUCAUGUGGUCAUUGCUGGCCCCCAGGAUUCCCCCUGUGAGGGAGGGACUUUUAAACUUGAACUAUUCCUUCCAGAAGAAUACCCGACGGCAGCCCCUAAAGUACGUUUCAUGACCAAAAUUUAUCAUCCUAAUGUAGACAAGUUGGGAAGAAUAUGUUUAGAUAUUUUGAAAGAUAAGUGGUCCCCAGCACUGCAGAUCCACACAGUUCUGCUAUCGAUCCAGGCUUUGUUAAGUGCUCCCAAUCCAGAUGAUCCGUUAGCAAAUGAUGUAACAGAGCAGUGGAAGACCAGCGAAGCUCAAGCCAUAGAAACAGCUAGAGCAUGGACUAGGCUAUAA